UGCCAAGGUGAAGAAUUUAUAACCCAAUUCAUCUGCUAAUUAUGUACGCAAAUAUUGAUUUUAUUUGUAUCAUUCAUCAUAGCGGCAUUCGAAAUUCUGAUCGUUUCGGAGCUGUCGACGAUGAUUUUUCCAGCGCUUUGUGCACUCCACACACAACUGUCUUUGCAGUUCGCAAUGCAUUUUACAAUCUGCCUGCUGUCGCUCUUUGGCCUCUUGCCAGUUCUGCACUGCUCCUACGAUGUGAUAGCGCCUGCCCAGAACUUAACGGCUUACUUGCUCGCGCGUCAGAAGCGCCAUCAGCUGAUAUACCUGAGCGGAAGCUCCAUUCGCCUAUUGCUUGGCCCCGUGAUUGGCGUCCAGCUGGAUGAUCCGGUUAAAUGGCGCAGCUUUGUCGAGUUCAUGGCGGUGCACUUGGGAGGCUACAAUUUGCCUUCGGCACCCCUCUAUCCAUGGGACAAAUGGGAUGCCGUGUUUUCCCGAUCUCUCAAGGAAAAGAUACGGCAGCUGGACGCAUCGCACGAGGAUGACACACGCCUCUUUGCCUACGCCGCCCUGGAGCACUACAUGGACAACGCGAGCAGCGUCCCGGGUCGUGGUCGUCAGUGCCUGCUCCGUGCCAUGUGCGAGAAUGCGCAAGUGCAUCACCAUGUGGGCAUCAUAGCCGAGCUCCUGAAUUUGUUGCUAACACCCGGCAAGGCGCGACUCGAUCAGCACUACAAGGAGGCCCACGCCGCAGGCCUGGCCGGCGUCGACUGUCUGCACCAGUUCCACGGUUGUCCCAGAGGCGCCAGCUUCUUGGAUGAGCUAACGGUGGAUGUGAAUUAUUGAGUUUCUGUUAUGGUCUAAUCUGAAAUAAACUUGAAUUAAAGAGCAAACUAUGCAACACAAUUUGGAAUGCGUUUCACAGUUUCUUUGCUACUGUA